CAGAGGGGGGUAUUAAAGUAGAACAGUAAUGCUCCCAGAUUUGAAUCUGCCGUCUGCUGUAUAGCCCACGGAAGGCAACGACAUGGGAAGCACCGGGAGGAUGCUCAACCUUUGGAACAGGAGGCAGAGCCUCUUCCCUAACUACAAAGUCACUGGGCCUAAUGCUGAACUUAGAAGACCCUCAGAAGACAGCACCCUUCCAUUCACCAAGGACAGCUGUAUAAAAGAGUGGAAUUCCAUGCAAGAACUGAGCAAGGACAUUUAUGACAUCUACUCUGAGUAUGAGGAUGAGGAAGAUGAGAAGCCUUUGGCUCUUCUUUCAAGGCUGGCUUCACCCACCAAGAAUUACAAUCUCAACAUCAAUGUUGGGGGGAAGUCCUAUCAGAUAGCUUACCGGUUGGCGGCCAGGUACCCUAAAACUAGGAUAGGGCGGCUUGCCACCUAUACAGACCACAACAAGAAACUGGACCUGUGUGACGAUUACCAAGUCAAGAAAAAUGAGUACUUCUUUGACAGGGACCCAGAGAUUUUCAACAACAUCUUCACCUUCUACAGAACUGGGGUGCUGUGGAUAAAAGACGAGCUGUGUCCCAGAAACUUUCUGGAGGAGAUCAACUACUGGGGCGUGAGGAUCAAGAACACCCACCGCUGCUGCCGGAUUUCCUUUGAGGAGCGACAGGACGAAAUAAACGAGCAGCUGAACAUCCAGAGAGAGCUGGAGGCUGAGGUGGAGAUCGAGGAGAAUGAGGAGCUGUUUCAGGACAUGUUCAUGGGGCAUAACCGCAGAGUGAUCUGGAACCUAAUGGAAAAACCUUUCUCCUCUGUCCCUGCCAAGCUCAUGGCCUUGGUCUCCAGCCUGUUUGUCCUGGUAUCCCUGGUGGCCAUGACACUCAACACAGUAGAGGAUAUGCAGUACAAGACUCCCUCUGGCCAAUUGAGCGGGAAGACCUACUGUGAAUUUGUGGAGUCUCUGUGCAUUGCUUUUUUCACCAUGGAGUAUCUGCUCAGGCUGGUGUCCACACCUGACCUCCAGACUUUCGCCAGGAGCAUGCUCAACACGGUGGACCUGAUCGCUAUUCUACCUCAGUACUUGCAGCUGGCUUUGGAGUGCUUUGAAAACAAUGACUACGUGAAGCACGAACAUGACAUGAGGACAGUUGGGCAGGUGGGGAAGCUGGGCCAGGUGUUGCGGAUCAUGCGGCUGAUGCGUAUAUUUCGUAUCUUGAAGCUGGCGCGCCACUCCACCGGACUGAGGGCGUUUGGCUUCACACUCCGCCAGUGCUACCAGCAGGUGGGCUGCCUCUUCCUCUUCAUCGCCAUGGGAAUCUUCGCCUUCUCUGCCAUGGUCUACACUGUGGAGCAUGACGUGCCCCAAACCAACUUCACAAGCAUCCCCCAUGCAUGGUGGUGGGCUGCUGUGAGCAUCUCCACCGUGGGCUAUGGAGACAUGUAUCCAGAGACCAUCCUGGGGCGUCUCUUUGCUUUCUUCUGUAUUUCCUUUGGAAUCAUACUGAACGGACUGCCCAUCUCCAUCCUCUUCAACAAGUUCUCAGACUACUACGCCAAACUGAAAUCCCACGAGUACACCGCAAACAUGAAGAACCGGGGGAAAAUUAGGUUUGCCAAAAGGACAGCAAUGAAGAUCUCACUUUGUUGUGGAGUUGGACACACUACAUGAUGCUACAGCUAACUGUUUAGGACUUUGUAAGACACAUCUGCCUGAUCUUCCUUACAUUGGCAACAUAUAUAGUAUCGGGUUGAAUAAAGUAAUGUUAACUUUGAAA